CUUCUGCUUGCAUUCUGGGCACUGGGGUACAUGGUCGAGGCCCUGCUGAUUUCUGUGAUUCUUCAGGAGCUGGAGCUCCUCUUAUGCACUACGUGUGCCAGGCCCCUGGGGCCUGUGUCCCUGCUCACUGUCCACCGAACCCAGGGACAGGGUGGUGUGUGCCUCUGCCGGGAUAGAGGGGACUGCGCUAGGCUCCUUGACCUUGUUGCCUUCCAGCGAGAGCAGCACUGGAAUCUGUGUUCACGGCAUCCUGACAUCUGGUUCCAGUUCUUGGGGCUGACAAGGCAGUAAUCGUCCCUGAGCAAGUCAGAGAUGUGCCGUCCAAUUUCAGUGUGGUCUGAACGAGUAUUUCAUUUUUCAUUCUUUACCAUACAAGUGUCCUCAGAUCUGCUCAUUUUCAGGGCAAAUAGCCUAUAUUUGGGUGUAUGUACGUCUGGAUGAGCUGUCGUCAUCGCCCUCUGCUUCGGGGUCCCAGCCCUUCGCGUCACUGAGGGCACUGCCGUGGAGGUGUGUUUGCGUGUUGUCACUUCCCGCAUGGGUGUGACUCGGGUCCUCAGAAUGGAAUCUGGUUCCCUGCGUGUUGCCCCCGCAUCCUCCCACACACACGGGUGAGGAGGGAGCGUUGCUGCAACAGAACAUGUGGAUGUUGCAGGACACAGUGGUCUUUGCGGAUGUGGCUGUGAACUUCACCCCGGAAGAGUGGGCUUUGCUGGAUCGUGGUCAGAGGCGGCUCUACAGGGAUGUGAUGCUGGAGACCUGCAGGAACCUGGCCUCCCUGGAUUGUUGCACUCAAGUUAACCCUUGUGGAUCAGGGAUUCAGCUGAAUAUUUUGGAGAAUGAACUAUCCAGUGAAGAUAAAAUAGUAACAUUUACAAGAAAUGAUUCCUGGGCUCUUUUUGGAGAAAACUGGGUGUUUCAUCACAUUGGAGAUCAGACCCAAUCCCAGGAGAGGUGUUUGAGAAGUCGUUUGGUGGAGCGGGUCUGUGAAAGCAGCGAAGAUAAUCGAUGUGGAGAAAUCAGAAGGCAGAUGACAAGUCUUACCGUGCGUGCGCAUCAUCCUACUGGAGACAAGUCCUGUCACUGCGCCAAGUGUAGAGAAGCCUUCACAGAUGGUUCUUUCCCUGAGAAUCCACAAAGAUCCCACCCUGGACACAAACCUAGUGCCCGUGAGGAAUGCGGGCCGGCCUGCAGCUGUGUCUGGAGCCCCAGCCCUCACGUGGACACAGGCCUUGUAGAGAAACCUUAUGAACCUCAGGACACUGGGGGAGCUUCGACGAAAGACUUGAAGAGUCGCGGUAGUAAAAAAUCUUUGGAGUGCAAGAAAUGUGGGAAAACUUUCACUUGCAUGUCGUCCUUUCGGGGUCACGUGGAGGGUCACUGUGGACAGAGAGUCCAUGCGUGUGACGUGUGCGGGAAGGCCUUCAUGUAUCAGUCCUACCUUACACGUCACGUGAGAACUCACACUGGGGAGAGACCCUAUGAAUGUGUGGAGUGUGGGAAAGCCUACAGUUGCCUCUCAUAUUUUCGAGAACAUGUGAGAACGCACAGUGGAGAGAAACCCUAUGAAUGUAAGCAGUGUGGGAAGACGUUCAAGUAUCCCGCGUCCUUGCAAGGACACGUGAUGACACACACUGGAGAGAGACCGUAUCUCUGUCAGCAAUGUGGGAAAGCCUUCAGUUGUCCCAAAUACUUCAGGAGACACGUGAGAACGCACAGUGGGCUGAAACCCUAUGAAUGUUCGUUAUGUGGGAAAGCCUACACUUGUUCCUUAUCCCUUCGAGAACAUGUCAGAACUCACAGUGAAGAGAGACCCUACGAAUGUCAGCAGUGUGGGAAGGCCUUCAGACAUCCUCGAUAUUUCCAAAGACACGUGAGGAUGCACAGUGGCGUGAAACCCUACGAGUGUAAGGAGUGUGGGAAAGCGUACAGCAGCUCCACAUCGCUGCAGGAACAUGUGAGGACACACACCGGGGAGAGGCCCUUCGAGUGUCAGCAGUGCGGGAAGGCCUUCACUCGUCACUCCUCCCUUCAAGGACACGUGCGGGCGCACAGUUUGGAGAAACGUUACGAGUGUGCACAAUGCGGGAAGGCCUUCCGUUGGUCCUCGUCCUUACAAAAACACGUGAGAACACACAGUGAAGAGAAACCCUAUGAAUGUCAGCAGUGUGGCAAAGCCUUCUGGUACCCAGCCAACCUGAGAGCCCACGUGAAGACACACACUGAGGAGAGAGCCUACGAGUGUCCGCACUGUGGGAAGGCCUUCAGCUGUCACUCCUCUCUUCAGGUGCACGUGAGAAAGCACAGCGGGGUGAAACCCUAUGAAUGUAAGGAGUGUGGGAAGGCCUUCUGGUAUCCCGUGAACCUGCGGGCACACGUGAGGACGCACACUGGGGAGAGACCCUAUGAAUGUAAGGAGUGCGGGAAGGCCUACAGGUGCCCCGCAAACUUGCGGGUCCACGUGAGGACGCACACUGGGGAGAGACCGUAUGAGUGUCAGCAGUGUGGGAAGGCCUUCAGGUAUCCGGCCAACCUGCGAGCCCACGUGAGGACGCACACUGGGGAGAGACCCUACGAGUGUCAGCAGUGCGGGAAGGCCUUCAGGUACCCGACAAACCUGCGAGCCCAUGUGAGGACUCACACUGGGGAGAAACUCUGAAUGGAAGGACUGUGGGAAAGCCUUCAUCUGUCCUUAAAAUCUUGUAAAUCCAAUCAGACACACUGGCAGGAAGUCUUAUGAAUGUAAAGACUGGUGGGAAACCUUUAGGUAUAGUUCCUCGUAUAUUUUGUGCAUAAGAACUCAGGGCUGGAGAGCAGUCUCUGUUUGUUAUAAACAUGGUUGUGCCUUGUAAGUGCCUCGUCCCUAACAGGGAUCCCCGUCAUAUUUAUUUCCACUGCAUGUUGCCAAGAGGAACCCCUGAGAUAAAAUAUUCCUCUCUGUGCCCUUUGUAUGAGAUAUAUUUUGUUACUUCACACGUGAAAAUUGUAUAGUUAUAUAAAAUUUCUCAUUUCCGUGACAAUGUCUUUGGGCCCCAGGGGUGACAGUGAUGUGUAUUUAUAGCUCGUCCUCUCUUGUGGAUACUGGAAAUUCCGACUCUGUCUCUACUCUUCUUCCAAUCUUCAUGAUUGAAUGAUGUAUCUUCACGUUUGCUUAUUGCCGCUGUAUACCACACCUCUGCGCCCCACAGAAAUGAGUCAGCGUGC